AUGGCGUCGACUCCUCCCCCCCUUUCUCAAGGCGUCGGCUAUGGUGUAGUCGUCGGCUUGGGUGCCCUCUUCGCAAUCGUCGUUGUGGGUAUUUCACGCUCGCUCGUCCGCUACGCUGGUAUUUCGAAAGAUGCUGAAGAGUUCAGUGUUGCUCGAAGAUCCCUUGGCACCGGUUUGAUUGCUGCAGCCGUGAUCAGUUCGUGGACCUGGUCCACUACGCUUCUUUCUUCUGUCUCCACUGCUUACAACUACGGUGUUGCAGGAGCCAUGCUGUACGCUUCAGGAAACUGCACUCAGAUCGUCCUCUUCUCGACACUUGCCAUCCAACUUAAACGUCGUGCUCCUUCGGUGCACACCUAUCUCGAGCUGGUACGCAUCCGCUUUGGAACUCUGCCUCACUUGACGUACAUCUUCUUUGCUCUCGCAACCAACAUCCUCGUAUGUAGCUCUGUGCUGCUCGGCGGUGCAGCAGCGAUCAACUCGAUCACUGGCAUGAACACGUAUGCGGCACUCUUCCUGCUCCCCGCCAGCGUCGUUGCCUACACGCUUCGAGGUGGUCUUCGCAGCACGAUCCUGGCUGAUUAUCUUCACACGGUCAUCAUCUUUGUCAUUCUCUUCGUUUUCUGGCUUCGUGCAUAUGCGACCUUCCCCGAAAUUGGUAGCCCUGCCGCCAUGUACGAUCUUCUCAUCAAUGCAUCCAAGAACAUCAACAUCGACGGCAACUAUGAUGGCAGUCCGCUCACGCUCAAGACAGAAGGCGGCCAGUACUUUGCAUGGCUUUCCGCUUUCGAAUACACGGGUGUUGUGUUUUUGGAUGCCUCUUUCCACCAGAAGGGUGUCGCCGCCAUGCCGGAAGCAGCUUUCCCAGGAUAUCUCAUCGGAGGUCUGGCGUGGUUCUCAAUUCCUUUCUGUCUGGCCACUACGGCGGGUCUUGCAGCUCUUGCACUCGAGACGACCUACCCUGGCUUCCCAACUUACCCCAACCGUAUCCCUAAAGCAGACGUCUCGGCCGGAUUGGUGCUACCGUACGCCGCUCAAGCUCUGUUGGGCAAGGGUGGUUCUGCUGCCGUGCUGCUCCUCAUGUUCAUGAGUUGCACGUCUGCAAUCUCGGCCCAAAUGGUGGGUGUCUCCACCGUCGUCUCUUAUGACAUCUUCAAGACCUACUUCAAGCCAACGAUCUCUGCCGACAACCUUUUGCGUACAAACCAGUACGUCGUUGCCGGAUUCGGACUUUUUGCCGCCGCCUUUGGCUCUCUUCUGCACGGAAUUGGUCUGGAUCUGGGAAUCAUUUACAACCUCACUGGAAUCUUUACCUGUGCUGGUUUGUCGCCGCUUAUCUUUACCUUCUUCGACACUCGACUGCAUCCUGCUGUGGUUUUCCCUGGUAUUUGGAUCAACUUUGCCAGUGGUGUGGCGGUCUGGCUUUCGGUCGCGUACCACACUUCUGGAGUCAUCAACUUGGCCAGUGUCGGUGGAGUUGUGCCAUGCUUGGCAGGAAGUGGAACUGGUAUUGGAGUCGGGCUGGUGCUGUCAACCUUGUCAGUGUUGUUCUUCCCGCGAGAGUUUGCCUGGAGCCGGAUUCCCGAAAUUCUCGAACAGCAACAUAAAGAGCAAGUGGAAAAGAUCGCCAAGCAUCACCACUCUCUUCCCUCGUCUGUCGGUGACAGCUCCCCCGAAGAAAAGCCUUCAAGCAUCUCGUCGACUGAUCCCCGCCUUCAACUCGAGAUCAUCGAAAACGAUCCCUCUUACAACCGUGCUCGACUUGACCGCGCCUUCCGCACCGCGGUGGCUGCGUCUCUGACCAUCUUUGUCGUGAUCACCAUCAUUUGGCCGUUUUCGCUGUACAGGGACUAUAUCUUCUCGCGAACCUUCUUCCAGGGCUGGGUGAUCGUCUCGUUCAUUUGGGCUAUCGCCGCCUUCACUGGCGUGGGAAUUUUCCCGCUGAUUCAGGGUAUCCCGGUCGCCAAGGUGAUUCUGGCCAAUAUUCGAAGCAAGGUUUCCUCCAGUGGCCAGCUCGAUACCACGCCCGCUCAACGAGCCGACGAUCGGAGGGGGUCGGCUGGUACAACGACAAACACCUCGAGUGGCCAUGCUUCACCAGAAAAGGCAAACAACAAUCUCCAGUCGCAGACCAAUGCCGCCUACAUUGCUUAG